GUGUCUAUUUCAGAGAACCAGUUUGGAUUUAUGCCGGGACGCUCAACUACAGAAGCCAUCCAUCUUAUGAGGAGACUGGUGGAGCAGCAUAGGGAGAGGAAGAGGGACUUGCAUAUGGUAUUCAUCGACCUAGAAAAGGCUUAUGAUAAAGUCCCAAGAGAAAUACUAUGGACAUGUUUGACGGCUAAAGGUGUACCUAUGGCAUACAUUAGGGUGAUCAAGGACAUGUACGAGGGAGCCAAAACCAGGGUAAGGACAGUAGGAGGGGACUCAGAGCACUUCCCAGUGGUGAUGGGGUUGCAUCAAGGAUCAACUCUUAGUCCUUUUUUAUUUGCCUUGGUGAUAGAUGGAUUGACGCGAUAAAUUCAAGGUGCGGUGCCAUGAUGUAUGCUUUUCGCGGAUGACAUAGUCCUGAUCGAUGAGACUCGCCGCGGAGUUAACGCUAAGCUGGAGGAUUGGAGACAUACCUUGGAGUCUAAAGGGUUUAAGUUGAGUAGGACAAAGACAAAGUACUUAGAGUGCAAGUUCAGUGAGACACCUCAGGAGGUUGACGUUGAAGUUAGGCUUGGUGCUCAGGCCAUCCAAAAGAGAAGUAGUUGCAAGUAUCUUGGGUCUAUCAUGCAAGGCAGCGGGGAGAUUGACGAUGAUGUCACACAUCGUAUUGGGGUAGGGUGGAUGAAAUGGAGGCUCGCUUCCGGAGUGCUAUGUGACAAGAAUGUGCCACCAAAACUUAAGGGCAAGUUCUACAAAGUGGUGGUUAGACCGGCUAUGCUGUAUGGGGCGGAGUGUUGGCCAGUUAAGACUUCUCACAUUCAAAAGAUGAAAGUUGCUGAGAUGAGAAUGCUGAGAUGGAUGUGUGGGCACACCAGGAGCGACAGGAUUAGAAAUGAGGCUAUUCGGGACAAGGUAGGAGUGGCCUCGGUGGAAGACAAGAUGCGGGAAAUACGACUGAGAUGGUAUGGACAUGUGAAGAGGAGAGACACAGAUACGCCAGUGCGGAGGUGUGAGAGGCUGGUCAUGGAUGGUUACAGAAGAGGUAGGGGUAGGCCGAAGAAGUAUUGGGGAGAGGUGAUUAGACAGGACAUGGCGCAGUUACAGCUUACGGAGGACAUGACCUUAGAUAGGAGGGUGUGGAGGACCCACAUUAGGGUAGAAGUCUAGUUCAUAGUCUCGUUAUUCUUCUCUAUUCAUAGGUGUAGUAGUGCAUUACGAUCUCUUGCGCUUUGACUUCUGAUUUCUGUUAUUUCUGUUAUUAUUUAUUACUUUCUAUGCUUUGAUUACUCAAUUUUACCUGUGACGCUUUCAUUAUUUAUUUAAUCGUUAUUUGUUAUUAGUCUUUAUUUAUUUGUAUUUAUUUGUUAUCUAUUCGUUAUUUGUUUGUUGUUUUUUUCAUAAAGCUUUUAAUUUUCUAUUCUUAUCUAACAUUUUUUAUGCAUUUAUGCUUUUACUGAGCCGAGGGUCUCCAGGAAACAGCCGUCCUACCUUGGUAGGAGUAAGGUCUGCGUACAUUCUACCCUCCCCAGACCCCAUGUUGUGGGAUUUCACUGGGUUGUUGUUGUUGUUGUUGUUGUACACGCAUAAAUUACGCCUAACUGAAAAAUUAAUAUGAUUUUACUGUUCAAUAAUCAGGUCAACAGGUGCUUCCUCAAUACUUCUUUUGGUUAUAGAUUAUAGAGCAAGUACACAAAUCUCCACCAGUUCUACCCAAACAGGCUUGCAAGAAGCCUAUGAUUGUCAAACUAGCGAACUUUCAUAAAUACAGAAUAGAACGGCAAGAAGUUAAGAAUA